CCUUAAUCCGGUUGGCUCACAGACUGCCCGCAGGCCAAUUUGUAAGUGGUUUGCGGAGCUGCCAAUCAAAGCAGACAUCCUCUCCUCAGGCUGUGGCUACGAAACAUCUCAGUUGCUGUGUGGAGAGAUUUGACGGAGGGACACUCCUGUACAUGGACCAUCACUGCGCUGCAAUCCGCCGCCUGCUCUCUCACACACACACACACAUAGACACACACACACGCAUGUAAUGCCUCGGUGAAAUCUGGACGCACACGGUGGAGAGAUCACGCAUGUGAAGAUUGUAUUUUUGCAUGUCAGGAGAGGAGGAACUAGUCGCCGGGUCCGCGGCUGUUUGUCUUUUCUCAUCGCUUCUCCCCCCCCUAUGUCACUCUAAUUAAUCGGAGGCAUGUGGAAUCGCACCAGGAUUAGGAAUCGCUUCCCAAUAGUGUGCCUGCUGUUGACGUUAUGGACGGAGGUGUCCCAGUCAACCGGCUAUUUCGAGCUGCAGCUGAUCUCCGUGGAGAAUGUAAACGGCGAGUUGGCGGACGGGGAGUGCUGCGACGGCUCCAGGAGCUCCCAGGACCUGCGCUGCACUCGAGACGAGUGCGACACUUACUUCAAGAUCUGCCUGAAGGAGUACCAGAUGGAGGUCACCACCACCGGCGGCUGCACCUUUGGAGCUGGAUCUACGCAAGUUCUCGGUGGAAAUAUGUUUUCUUUUAAGGGCGCAAAGAAUAACCCGAAUAAAAUUGACGAUGCUGGCAAGAUUUUGAUCCCCUUCCAGUUUGCCUGGCCGCGGACAUACACAUUGAUUGUAGAGGCCUGGGACUGGGACAACACCACACGCAACACUGAGGAGGAGCUGCUGAUCGAACGCAGCAUUCACACUGGCAUGAUCAACCCCGGCGACCAAUGGCAGACCAUCCUGCAUGACGGGCCGGUAGCUCGCCUCAUCUAUCGCAUCAGAGUUCGGUGCGAUGAGAACUACUACAGCAACAAAUGCAAUAAGCUGUGUGUUCCUCGGGAUGACUACUUUGGCCACUAUCGCUGCGAGCCUUCAGGGGCCCAGGUGUGCUUGGACGGCUGGAUGGGCCCAGACUGCAGAACAGCAAUCUGCAGGCAAGGCUGCAACCUGUUACAUGGCGGCUGCUCCGUCCCGGGGGAAUGCAAGUGUAACUACGGCUGGAAUGGCCAAUUCUGUGAUGAAUGUGUGCUCUUUCCUGGAUGCGUUCACGGGACCUGCAACAUCCCGUGGCAGUGCAACUGCGAGAGAAACUGGGGUGGCCUGCUGUGUGAUAAAGAUCUGAAUUACUGCGGUCGCCACCAUCCUUGUGUCAACGGAGGAACCUGCAUGAACACCGAACCAGAUGAGUACUACUGCGCCUGUCCACCAGGAUACUCUGGCAAGACCUGUCAGAUAGCCGAGCACGCCUGUGUUUCCAAUCCUUGCGCCAACGGUGGUACAUGCUAUGAGGUUCCGACAGGGUUUGAGUGCCAGUGUCCGCCGGGCUGGGAGGGUCUGACCUGUGCCAACAAUUUGGACGAGUGUGCCUCCAGUCCAUGUGCUCAGGGUGGAACCUGUAUCGACCUGGAGGACGGUUUCGAGUGUGUGUGCCCUCCGCAGUGGGAGGGAAAGACCUGCCAGAUUGAUGCAAAUGAGUGUGCAAGAAAGCCCUGUAAGAAUGCUUAUUCUUGCAAAAAUUUGAUUGGCGGAUAUCACUGCGACUGUUUUCGGGGAUGGUCCGGACAAAACUGUGACAUCAACAUGAAUGGCUGCCAUGGUCAGUGCCAGAAUGGAGCAACAUGCAAGGAGGGGUCGAGGGGCUACCACUGCCAGUGUCCUCAAGGUUUUGUGGGCACUCACUGUGAAAUCCAGAGGAACAAGUGUGACAGCAAACCAUGCCAGAACGGCGGCCACUGCCACGCAGUGUUGGACGGCUUUGUGUGUCAGUGCCCAUCACAGUUUGCUGGACAGCUGUGUGAGAUUUCUGGCUGGUCCCCUUCAGAUGCUUGCGAUCCAAACCCUUGUGAGAAUGAGGCCAAGUGUCACAGCAUGGACCAGGACUUCUACUGUGCGUGUCCCGAAGGCUACGAGGGAAAGACAUGUGAACGGCUCAAGGAGAACUGCCAAACCACCUUAUGUCAAGUGAUUGACAGCUGCACUGUUGCUGUAGCGACCAACGACUCAGCUGGAGUGCGGCACAUUUCCUCUAACGUCUGUGGUCCACGAGGACACUGCAUUAGCCAGCCAACGGGCAACUUCACCUGCUUGUGUGAUGCGGGUUUCAGUGGCAUCUACUGUCAUGAAAAUAUUAAUGACUGCAUCAACAACCCCUGUGGAAACGGAGGGACCUGCAUUGAUGGCGUGAACUCCUUUCAGUGCUUCUGUCCCGAUGGCUGGGAGGGUCGACUCUGCGACCUCAAUGUCAAUGAGUGCAGACACAACCCGUGUAAGAACGGUGGACGCUGCGUCGACCUGGUGAACGACUUCUACUGCGAGUGCACCGAUAACUGGAAGGGCAAGACCUGCCAUUCCCGCGAGAGCCAGUGUGACGCAACCACCUGCAGUAACGGAGGCACCUGCUACGACCACGGGGAUACCUUCCGCUGUGCCUGCCCACCUGGGUGGGGAGGAAACACUUGCAACACAGCCAAGAACAGCACGUGCGCUUCCAGUCCUUGUUCCAACGGUGGAACUUGCGUGGGAGGAGGAGACACCUUCACCUGCAUCUGCAAAGAAGGCUGGGAAGGCCCCACCUGUGACCUAAAUAUAAACGACUGCAACCCUCAUCCAUGUUACAACGGCGGUAUCUGUGUGGACGGAGUCAACUGGUUUCGAUGCGAGUGCGCUCCCGGUUUCGCCGGACCAGACUGCCGAAUCAACAUAAACGAGUGCCAGUCCUCACCCUGUGCCUACGGUGCCACCUGUGUGGAUGAGAUCAAUGGUUUCCGCUGCAUCUGUCCGCUUGGUAGAGCAGGAGCCCGAUGCCAAGAGUUUAUAGGUGUUGGGAAGACUUGCCGUUAUGCUGGGCUGCAGUUUCCCCACGGCAGCCGCUGGGAGGAAGAGUGCAACAGCUGCCAUUGCAUCAAUGGCAAAGUGGAAUGUACAAAGGUGCUGUGUGGUCGUCGUCCCUGCCGGCUCCGUUCUUCAGACCAGGGCCAGAGACAGCAGUCCUGUCCAGGGGGGCGAGAGUGUCUGGAGCACAGCUACCUCACCUGCUUCUCCCCCCCUUGCCAUCAGUGGGGGGUUUGCUCCAUGGCUGGACCGUCACCUCCACAAACAGCCACCAAGUGCCAGCCAAACACUGGGCAUUUGGACAACAGCUGUGGCCGCAUAACACUGGUUUUCAACAGAGACAAAGUACCAACAGGAACCACAGUAGAGAACAUCUGCUAUGAGCUGAGGUAUCUUCCUGACACCCGAAGCUUGGCAAAAGAUCACGCCCUUCUCCUGCUGUGUGACCUCUCUCAUUCAAAUCAGGAUGCUGUAGAGGUGGCCAUAUCUUUCCAGCCAGAGGAUCUACCAGACCACAGUCUGAUCCAAGCAGCAGCCAGCGCCAUAGUGGGCACUUUAUCGAAGCGGCACAACAGCACCGUGAUGCUGGCAGUCAUUGAGGUCAAAGUGGAAACACAGGUCAUGCCCCCCUCAGUGGAUUACCUGGUGCCUCUCCUAUGUGUGGUCUUCAGCCUGCUCUGCCUCUUCUGCAUCAUUGUAUGCGUUUGGUGGACGCGCAAACGGAGAAAAGAGCGUGAGAGGAACUCACGAUCAUCCGCCGCAGACAGCGUGAACAACCAGUGGCAGCCGCUACGGCUCGUCGUGGGACGUCAGCAACAGCAGCAGCAGCAGCUGAAAGAAAGCAACAGGGACGCCGAGCAGGAGCGCAAAAAGCUCAUGGGUCCCUCCUAUCGGACGUGUGAUGGGGAGGAGGAGGAGGAGGAGGAGGAGACGGAAGGCGAGUUUGAGCUCGAGGAGGAGUGUGGUGGAGCAGAGGCGGGAAAGCAGCCGGUUUAUAAGUACUCUAAGACUGCAGUGCAGUCCAGUGGGGGAGUGAUCUGUACCAUGCACAGCUCCAGCUCACCCCUCAAAGCACCCCACCGGACCCCAGGCUACAGCCCCAAAGACAACCGCUGGAAAAAUGUCAGUGCCGUCUUGACUGGUCAGAAAGACCUCAGAGACCAUUGUGUAUAAGAAAUUUAAGCAAAGGACUCGCGAUGUGGAAUCGAGAGAAGCAAGAGAAGCUGCAAGGCAGCGACUAUUCUUAUUUUUGGACUACUUUUGGGAAGAAAAAAAGGCUUUGUGUUUUAAUAAGCCAUUCUUUGCUUUGUUUUCAUGUUUUUGUCACUGUCACCUGAAAUGAUUUUUUUGGAUUCAGGAGGCUAGAGCACAGUGAACAUCCUUUUUUGCUUCUGUUCACUUAUUUUUCUUUAAUUAUGUAUAGAAGGAGCUGAAAUGUAACAAUGUUUCAGGAGGCAAAAGAAGCCCUCUGCGAUUUUUGUUUAUGGGACUGUACCAUUUAAGAAACGAUGACUCAUUGAAAAGGAGAAAAAAAAAACAACUUGUAUAAAGAUUUCUUUUUUGUUUACAGAUGAUUAUGAUUUUGUUAAGUUGUCAGCGGGCUCCUGUUCAGUGUCUGUGAGGGAGGGGGGGGCAGAUACACACUAAAGGGACAGUAAAGGAGGGAAAUGGACUGUUGCAGCCACAGUAACAGAGGAAACCCUCCCUUUGCUCUGUCUCCUUCCGGCUUUGCCCACCAAUCCACCUGUGGCCGUCAUGCGCCAGCCUUACCAAAACACUUGGCCUGGAGGGGGAGAGGGGACUGAAACCCCAGUGCCUACUAUGUGGCCUUCCAUUUAUUCUUCUCCUGUCUCUCAGUUGUCUUGGCUGAAAGCUCUGUCUGAGGAUUUUUUUGCAGUAUUUGAGUUGGUAGCAAGUGCCUUUCUAAGAGCCACGUCGGGGGCUCCAAGUCGCGCUGCCCAGUUUGACCUCCUUGUUCUCAAAGGGAUAUAAGUGUACAUCGAGAGAGUUCAAUUUCACAGCAACGCCAUUCAAGGUAUUUGAUCAAAACAGAAAUGAAUACUCUGUACAUAUGUGUAAAUACUAAAGGAGUCGCUGUGUAUAUUUGAAAUAAGUAACUUAAAGACAAGUCACACAUUUUUAUUAUUAUUAUUGUUAUUAUUAUUAUUGUUAUGAUUAAUAUUAUUUUUAUUUUUUUUACAACGCCAUUCCUUUUAUUUAUGCCAGUCAAAAUAGGCACGUUUUAUAACACUUCAUAUCCAGAGUCCCACAGUUAUGAACCUUUACAAUGAGGUACCACCUAUGAAGGAAUUUCUGAGGGGUUUAUAAAUGGUUUGUCAUGAGAAUUUCUUUUUUUGUGACCAACUGUUACAUACACAGUUGUGGCUAUGUCUUUAGCGCUUUUAAGUUAGUAAAUCAGUGAUGCUUUUCAGCUUCAAGAUGAUACCUUCUCCAUAAAAUAACUGGCCAAAAGAUUGGUAAUUACAUUUACAAAUUUUGAUGAUAAGACGCAGCAUUUUACCUGGCGAUACGUGGUCCAACAUUACUAGAUCUGGUCUCAAUCUUCAGCUUCUUGUUUGCCGUAAUUCUACCAGCAUUUCCAACUUCUUGUCUUAAUGCUGUGUUCACAUGCAAUCAGGCAGAUGGUAGACAGCAAACUGGGUAUCAUUUAAAUGGAGGAGAGCAGUGCGGUAAAACUGGAUGAAGCGGGCAGCAAUAACAGUAGACAGUGCUGCCAUUUAAAAGUUAAAAUAUUUCAACUUUUUGCCAUCCUCUGCUAUGGGAUUUACAGCCUGAUCCCACAAAGAUCCUUUACACAAGGUUAAAACAUGAGCAAUCUGGACGAUUACUGGACAUUACCAGGAAAAUUACACCAAAAUAUAAAUGCUAAAUUAUUUUAUUUAAUAUAUUUUAUUCAGUUCUUUGUAAACAAUAUGCCAACAUUAUAUUGUCAUGCAUGUUUUGUUUUACCGUUCUGCCAUUACUUUGGUCUGUUUGUUUUUCCCAUGCCGUUCAGAAGGUGUCAUCCGUCUGCAUGAUUGCAUGUGAACGCAGCAUUAGUCUACAGUAGUUUGACAGCACAAAUUAUGGUCUGGAUAGUUUUUGGAUGCAAAUAAAGUCCCAUAAAUCUUCUCUACUGAAGGAAACCUGUAUUCGUAUAAGGAAGAUGUAGACAUGAUUAAUGUGUUAUCUCAUAAUUGUGUUGCAUAAUAGAUUUUUAACUUGGUCAUAUUUAAAGGGGAAGUCAAAAAUGUAUCAAAAAAACUGCUGCAGCUGUUUCAAGCAGGUUGUCCUUGUAGCCACUGCUUAAUCAGUGAUGUCACAGAAGGUAUUCUCCUGACGGCUGAUGGACAACACCUGUUGCGACAUCGACAUCAGUGAAAGGGGUGCAGCUAGCAUUGCAACCUUUAAGGCUCUAGUCAUUUAUAACCUGUUCUCU